GUUACAUAAGCAGUUAGAGGCACUAACAUUAGCAACAAGCUAAUCGCUGUAGAGAAGACAUUACCAGGAAAAUAUUUCAUUUCGUCUUCUUUUCAUUUCUGGCUAACAUGUCUCUUCGAGCGGCGGACAGACUGAAGGUUGUACUGAGCCACCUAGACCGUUCCAGUGCUGCUGUGCACACAUCCUUUACAUCUGCUCAAAACCUCACAUAUCACCAUCCUAAAGCAUUUCAGUUCACCUUUGAUACAGAUGUCCUUUCUCCAGAACAGAGACUUGCAUAUGAAGAAGAUGGUUUUAUUCUGAUCAAAAAUCUGGUUUCUGAAGAGGACAUCAAUAGAUUUAGGAAAGAGUUUGAGCAUAUUUGUAAAAGAGAUGUGAAGAUUCCUGGCUUGGUAAUAAUGAAAGAUGUGACCAUCGCCAAGUCUGAGUUUGUGCAGGGGGAGAAGGCUGUGACAAAACUUCAGGACUACCAAGAGGAUCCGGAGCUGUUCCGCUAUUGUACUCUGCCUCAGAUUCUAAAGUAUGUUGAGUGUUUUACGGGUCCCAAUAUCAUGGCUAUGCACACCAUGCUCAUCAACAAACCCCCUGAUACAGGAAAGAAGACCUCUCGCCACCCCAUGCACCAGGACCUGCACUACUUCCCGUUCCGGCCAGCUGAUCGCAUCGUGUGUUCCUGGACAGCAAUGGAGAAAAUAACCCGCCAGAAUGGCUGCCUGGUUGUGCUGCCUGGCACGCAUAAGGGAUCCCUGCAGGAGCAUGUCUACCCGGAGUGGGAGGGUGGGGUAAACAAAAUGUACCAUGGCAUUAGAAACUACAACCUCAACCAUCCACGAGUGCACCUGGAAAUGGAAAAAGGAGACACAGUGUUUUUUCAUCCUUUGCUUAUCCACGGCUCAGGAAGGAACCAGACACAGGGCUUUCGAAAGGCAAUCUCCUGUCACUAUGCCAGUGCUGAUUGUCAGUACAUUGAUGUGGAUGGAACAACUCAGGAGAACAUCAGUAAGGAGGUGGAAGAGAUUGCUCGCAAAAGAUUUGGGAGUGAUGCUACUGUUUCCUUCCAGGACACCUGGGCUCUUAGGGGACGUCUGGUACAAGGAGAAAGGACAUCACUGUGAUCACAUGAAAUGUUUGUGUGUUAAUGCAAUAACAUACAUUUAGAAGAACGACUGACAGUACAAAACAGAGUCUAAUAAUGUUGUCCAGGAGGCUAUGGUUUAUACAAUGAAGCUACCUUAAUGAUGGCCUAAUAGUGUAGAAAAUACUGUAGGUACAAAGCUGCUACUUCAACACUAUAAUAUCUGUAACUGUUUGAAUCUCUUGUUUACCAUUUAGGAUUUUUUUUGAUGUUCAAAAGAUUUAAAAAAAAUUGUGCAUAUGGAUAGAGACAGUUAAAGUAUGUCUGAGAGCUUAGAACUUAAUGGUAAAGAAAAUUUUGUGCCUUCUUUCGUCAGAAAGUGUGCGGGAAUGGCACAAUACAUCAAAAUGAGGUCAAAUGUAAGCCAAAUCAAAUCUGCUUGCCACAAAAAAAAAUGGUUUCUGUUUAAGUGCAUCGACCACAUUCAAACUGAAAGUAUGAACCUAUUGAGAAAUUGUGCUAAUUUCAAUUUCACAUAGUUCUGUUUGCAGUAGAAAAAAAUCAAUUGUAUGGUAUAUUUUCUUAUUAAUUCAACACUUUGACAUUUAUAGUUUAUUUUAAUUAUGGGAAAAUAAAGGUAAUUUACUAUAUGACUUGGUGUUAAUUUAAAGGAAACACUAAUAUGGAGCUUGAAGCUGACCGAAAUAGCUAAAGUAGAAUUGUGUAAUUUUUUUGUUAUAUACAGCCGCAACAGUAUUUGGACACUUAAGAUAUACUUACAAUUGUAUGAAUUUCAGCAUCAACCAAGUGGCUUUAAUUUUAAAGAAAACUUCCUGACCACAUAUUAAACCAUAUACCAAAAACAUUAAAAA